AUGUGGAAACUUGAUCAACCGCCAGUGUUUGAGUACGACAUAAACAAACGAUUUGUCUUGUACCUGGGGAAUUUACCAGACUUCACGCCAGAUGUAAGGUCGCUGUUCUUCAAAACGUUGGUAGAUGUGAUUACCGCGCAGUCGACAGGCAGCCAGUCUGGGAUGUCGUUUGAAGAGUACAAGAAAGCUCGGAUGGAGAGUUCGACGGCCAAACAAGUCUACGAGCUCGCUACUUACAUGCAGGGCCUGCGGCUGACAGAAGAUGAAAGGCGGACCGUGUCGGAAAUGGUCGGUUAUGGUGUUUUGAGCGUAUCCCUGUCAAACGACUACUACAGCUUUCACCGAGAGUUUGACGACCAUUUUUGUUCUGGAACUCUUGAUGCGAUCCACAAUGCAAUGGCACUGCUGAUGACUGAGUAUGGGUAUACCGAGCUUGAAGCAGGAGAUAUCCUGAAGCGAGAGGUACUUACCGCGGAAAAGAACCUGAUGGAGCAAUACAGAGAAUGGGAGAAGUCGUCGGUACCCAAGUCGGAUGAUCUUUGCUCCUAUCUCAUUUUCUUCAUUCUAUCAAUAGGCGGGGGGAAUUACUGGCAGGCUCAAACUCCCAGGUAUGGUGGUGAUGGGAUUACGACCACUGCCGAGGAUCGAGCUCGGCUGCUUCAGCCUCGACGGGAACCGGUCCUUAAACUAGAAGGAUAUCCGCCUCCGGCAACACUCGAUGAGAAUCAGGAAAAGACAGUGAAUGGGGUUUCUCAUGAAUCGGAAUGUUCAGGACCCAAAGCAGCAAACGACACUGUGUUGGGAAACGAUGUUUGCGCACCUUUUCAGGUUGCCGAUGCCGAUCAGAUCUGUAUGGCCCCGUUCCACUAUAUAAGAUCUCUCCCUGGCAAAAACACCUUGACCAAAUUCAUCAAUUGCCUACGAGCGUGGUUCAGCGUACCGGAUGAUAUCGUUUCAGUCAUUGAAAGGUUCACGGUCAUGCUUUUCAACUCAACACUGCUACUCGACGACAUCGAGGACGGUUCAACUCUUCGCCGUGGCAGACCCGCUGCACAUCUCAAAUUCGGUCUCGGACAGACGGUCAACACCGCCACGUUUUUGCAUGCAGAGGUCGUCGGCUAUACUCUUGAGCAUCUUGGCCCUGAUUGUUUGAAGGUGAUACUAGAAGAAAUCAAAACACUUGCUCGCGGCCAGGCGCUGGAUCUUAACUGGACGUUCGAAAAGACUCGCCCGACUCUCAAUGAGUACUUCAUAAUGGUCGACCAUAAGACCGGAGGCUUUUUUCGGCUGAUACUACGUACUCUGAGCUCUCUAUCAAGCACUGAAGUUGACCCCGACAUGGAACAUCUGAUCUCCCUAAUAGGGAGAUACUAUCAAAUCCGCGACGAUUAUCAGAAUCUCGCGUCUGAUGAGUACACCGCAAAGAAAGGCUUCUGCGAUGAUCUUGAAGAGGGCAAGUUCUCGUUUCCGGUCAUCCACUUGCUCCAGCAUAGUCCGAAGGCAGACGAGCUUUUCAAAAUCAUCUACGGAGAGGGCGAGGAAGCGCACAUCUCGCAUGCCGACAAGCUACGUAUUCUGGCCGAGAUGAAGGAGUGCGGGAGUCUGACGUACACAUUGGAGGUGUUAGAGAAGCUGUUCACCUCAAUGCUUGAGACGCUGGACAGAGUGGAGGAGAAGAUGGGCAAGAACAAGCCGCUGAGAUGUCUGAUGCUCAUGUUGAAACUAUAG